CUACAUGUGAACACUGCACAAGACAUUAAUUUCUUUUACUAUAUACAACGCCCCGCCCAAACACAAUUUUGUGUAACAGUUUCUAUUGCAUCAAAUGAUGUCCGUAUUCAAGAUGAUUACGUCGUUAAAUUAAUAUUACAAAAAUUAUACAUAUAUUUCUACUAUAAUAAUAAAAAUUUAAUUAAUAAUCAAUAUAAAAUUCAUCAGUAAAAGAACUAUUUAAGAGGAAUCUUUAAAAUUUAUAAAAUGUCCAUUUUAGACGAGCGAGAAGAUUAUUUGAAGAAUCCCUUCUUUGUGAAGCAUGAAUAUGGUGAUUUUACACCAUUUUAUGUCACUGUCACUAUCUGUUCUCUACUAUUUGCAUUUUUGUGCAUUCUGAACAUUGGAUUUUGUUGUUCGCGUCAUCGAUAUUAUUGGCAGAGUCCUCAUACUGGAAACAGAUGGAUUCAACCAUUAUGGACAGUAUUACCGCAUAAAACACCACCUUUGGAUUUAACUGAAUUAGAACCAGGACGUGCUUUUGAGGCACAAGAGAAACAAGAGGUUUUACAAUAUCACGAUCCAAAGCCAUACGGAACUGCACCACAAACACAAGAAUAUAUGGAGAUGCAAAAACGUGAGAGUGAAAUUUAAUUAAAUAUUAAUUUUGAUAUUAUAUAUAUAAGUAAACAAACAUUCAAAAGUCGAAUUCAAAUAUUCAAUUAAAAACACUGUACAAAUUGAUCUAUAUAUAUAUACACAUACAAAUUGAUUUAUAUAUAAUAGUCGAAGCCGAAAAAUAAUUGUACAAAGUGCACAAAAACUAUACAUUUUUAAAAAUCAUAUCAAGAUGGGAUUGCAUAUUUUUUGGCCAGCAACUACUUGUUUAACACUUUUUGUUGUUUGUAUAAUAAUAAUCUUAUUGAAAUACGGUUCACAAAUUUGUAAAAUACGGCAUACAGCAUUGCCAUCUGACCGAGAAUGGGAAGAAAAAGCAUAUUCACGAAAACUUUCAAUUUCCAUGGCAUAAAGUUAGAUAGAUAUCACCAUAUGUUUUCAUAUGUCAUCUAAUUCAUAAUAGCAAAGAAUUUAGAUUAAAAUUAGGAUAUAUUUUAACAUAUAGAUAUAUGCUUAUUCUAUAUUUAAUAAUAUUUCAAAUCUAAAAACUAUUUUUCACAAAUAUGCUUUAAAAAAAUUACUUAAACACUUAUACAUAUGUAUAAUAUACAUAUGUAUAAUAUAUAUAUAUGUAUAAUAUACAUAUAUAUCAGUGUUUUAUUUUAAAAUAAUGUAAUUGUGUGCCUUAAAAAAUAAUUUUGUCUUUUAUACAUUACCUUUUAUGCAUUUUAGCAUAAGAAAUUUUAAUGAAUCUUCGUUUAUCUAUAUAAAAUAUUAUAGUUAUUUGUGUCAUGAAAAUUAAUUUUUUUCCAAUACAAUAUUAAUAAUAUACAAUUAAUAAUUAAAUAAAAAAUAAAUAGAUCAUAUAUUUGUUUACACAAUAAUUUUAAGAAAAUAAGCAAUAUAUAAUUUUUACAUUUUAUAUAAUUUGAAAAUAUAUUUCAUGACACAAUAUAAAAAAAAAAUAGAAUAUUUGUAAAGAAAGACUAUGUAAUUAUAUUAAAAGAUCUGUAAUCCGUCCCAUUUUUUAAGGUUUAGUAUUUUUUAUAAAACAAUUUUAUAAUUAUCUGCAAACUUUUGUAUUUUUUUAUAUGUUUUUCAUAUAAAUAAAAAAUGCUUAUCUUUACAUAAAA